GGCAGUUGUGGUGAAGAUCUUAAAAAAACACACAUAUACACACACUGCCUCUAUCUGACUAUCUAUCUAUAUCUAUAUAUAAAUACAUAAUGCUAUAAGCCAUGAAGACAUGUAUAUACGUGGAUGCUAUAGAUUCCUGUUGCUUUCUGGGAAAGCCUUCAGCCUGGGAGAAGCGUAUCCUCCUGCACAUGCAGAAGAUGAGGGGGGACAUGCAGAGAAGAGAAAAAGAAAAAUGGUUUUUAGCACCAUGCGGAAGGGGUGGGGGAAGAGGGGCAAUUAGCAAGUACGGGGCAAUUUUUUUCUGUCUUUAUGGUAGAGAUCUUAGGAGAGAUUAAGGUUAGGAUGGAGCAAUUUCUCAUUUGCUCGUCUAGCAUACAUGUUUCAGAAGUGUGGCCUGCGCUUAGCAUGGCCUUGUUCUCUGUCGCCUACAUGAUUAUUUUAGCAGAGAAGUUGGAUAUUACGCGCAACAGUUUCUACGGCAUUUGGCAUCUCUUCCACACAAAUGGUGUUGUCUACCAACCGAACGCUUCCGCUCAACUGCUGUUCUAUACAAACCGACUGCCGAUUGGUUCUGUUGAUUUCCCCAGAACGAAGUGCACAUCUGCUGUCAUCACAGUGAGACUUGCUUCAGUGGAUUUGCUGCGCGCGGACCUGUGCGCGAAGUUCCUGGAGCGAAGCAUGAAGCAUUUUGCUGGUGAGUGGCAUGUUCAUUUGGAAGUUUGCAUGUGCAUUGUUCUCUGCAGAAUGGGAUGCAACAAGGUGAUGAGUGGGAACUAGCUGGCCCCUUGGUCGGGAGUGCUCCAGAGGGUAACUGCCAGCGGUGUGGUGGUGGAAAAUUUGUUCGGUUCUUGUACUUUUUUAGCUGUUGGGUCAAGUCACUUCCAGAACUGGUGACGACAGAUUGACCAUAGCGAACAUUAUAAAAAUGAACAAGUGAUGUGAGAAGGGGGUGAGGAUGGAGAUAGAGGAGGGGAUUGGAUGGGAAUUUGGGGUUGUGGGGGAGAGGGGGAGGGGGGAGUUGUUCAAGGGAGAACGGAGAAAAUAUAGGUGUAUAGUCUAUCCUAGAUGUUUGAAGGAGGUUGACUUUGAUUGGAUUGACGUGAGGUACUAACGACAUGUAUCAUGGGUGUCGUGUGGAGGUGGAGAACAAAGAAGAGGUGUAUAGUCCUUAGUAGAUAUCAGAAGAAGAUUGGCUUUCGUGGUGGGAUGGUGCAGGGUGCAUUGCGGAUACAGGGUGUGAUUAUGUAGGUCUGUGGUUGAUCAGCAGGCGAUGGCCCGUCUGCAGGGGCAUGCGACUGGUACUAAAGUGGAGUACGCCGCUACAGACAUCUGUGGUCUUGGCCGGUGCUCAUGGCUGCUUCAGGAAGGUUCCUGUAGGAAGGCAACGAACUAAGAAAGUACUCUCUGCACCCCAUCACAUGUCUUGGCUGGGAACUUUUCGGAUGUACAGGAACCUGGCUCUGUUCAGAACGAAUGAGACUGCUUUGCAACUCGUCAAGGAUAUUGGUGCUGGUCGUGGCAGGGACUCUGCUGAGCUGUUAUCACAGCCUCUAUGACACUCGCUAAAUGUUCACAAAAGGAAGGGAUGGAGAGAGGGAGGAAGUAAGUCGGGGUGUGAAGCGGCGUAAACUAACAUGGUGUCGUCGAGUUGUGGUUGUGUGGGGCAGCACAGCAUGUAGGUGAACUGAUUUUUGGUGGAAUAACUCGAAUUGUUAGUCAUCAGCACAGAGCUGACGGACUUUUGGUGGAAUGACUUGAAUUCUUUGUCAUCAACAGAGAGCUGUUUUUUUUCCUUUUGUUGUCGGCGAAUGGCUAGCAAGAAGUGGCAGGGGUUCCAUGGUUUGUCGAGGAUGCGGUGCUCUCCGUUUGAGGAAUUGGACAAUUGCGUUUGCAGCUCAAGCAAUCGCCGAGAUGGAAUGUUAUCGGAUGGUUUCAAGAUGAAGCAUUCAUCUUGCACAGCAUGAAAGCUGUGUGGUGCUUUGGGAUUGAGUUGACUUUGUAUCCGUCUUGACUUGGCCUUGUGGUCGCCAUUCGCCCAAAUAUAUGGUAAUUUCGGAAAGAGAGAGAGAGAGAAGUACAUUCGGCUAAUAGAAGCCUGGCCGGCACUAGGCAUACACAACUGAUAUGAAUGAAUGGUGGCUUGGGAAAGGUCAAUCAUAUACGUGUACAUUGGUGCCAUGCUAAACACGUGUACAUUGGUGCCAUGCUAAACUCGUGAAGUCGAGAAAGGUACGUAUCUGUUCUCACACAAGGAGCAUGAUAUACAUAAAAGCCGGCAGUUCUGGGGGAUGUGGCAGAAAUUCAGCUGCUUACAGUUUAGAAGGUUUGCGCAAUGUGUCAGAGACGACUCAGAGGCAGAUGUGGUUGGGGCAAAUUGGUCCGUUGUGACAUGAUCAUGCUGAGCAGACGGUGGGUUAUGUGAAGGGUUUUCAUUAUUUAUUAGGACUCGGAGGAAUGUAGAUGGGUGUUAUACGUGAUGGCGAUUAUUAUGUUAUUGAACUUAUCAAUGAUAGUAUGAAAAAUGGAACAUUGGGCUCCUGGAGCGGGCCUGUUAUUUGUGGAACGUCGGUCGUCUAGGCGGAGAAGUGGAGACUCUGAAGAAUUGUGAAAUGCAAUGUAAUCGAAUGGGGUAGUGCUGGCACAGGAAGCAGCUAGCAGCUGUGUGAAGAGAAGAGAAAGGAGAGAAGAGCAAUCACAGGAGUGUGAGGGUGCAGGUUAUUUGCAAUUGGGUAAUUGAGUUCCACGAUCUUGUUGUUCUCUAUACACUGCGACUCUUGGGCUUGGAUUUGUGAGAUGACACUGGUAUUGGCAACUGAUGAGGAUGUGUGUGUACCAUCGGGGUGCUGUGGGAGCCCAGGAAGAGUGAGAAAGGUAUUGCAGGAGUGUGAAGAUCGACCCAAGCUGUUUGAAAUGUGUGAAUGGCGUCUGAGUGUACCAGCGGGUCACCAUGUGAGUGCAGAAAGAGAGAGGAAAAGGCAUUGCGGCUGGUUGGAUUCCUUGAGCUUCAAACUAACUACUUGCUGCCUGUCCUUGUGCGCCGCUGACAUGGCAGGACUCCCAAGAUACUGUGAGGUGUCAGAAACUUGACGGUUGAUGUAUGAUGUUAUUGUGUUGUUCAGGCAUUUUUAGUGCUGCAGAGAGUGUCGUCCAUAUCUGUGUCCAUCAGCCGGUUGCUAUUGCCCAUGGUCGCAUGGUGUCUUUGUCCCUUUUUUUUUUGUUUAUUUGUUUUCCUGUGCGCAUCAUGAUUCUCUGCCAUGUCUGGUCUGUCUCCCCCUUCUGCUUGCACCAGGUUCGUCAGCAGCGCAGGGAGUGAGAAAAACAUCUGCUUUUUGUCGCCACUUACUGAUCGGGCUAAGAUAGUAAAAGAGAGGGAUGUAAAACGAUCCUCAGCCAAGGAGAAGGCCUGUAGUCUAGCAUUGACUCAACCGUCGGUUUCUUUUGAUGGCAACCUAAAUUCUUUGUGAAGGUUGCACUGUAUGAUUCUGUUUGUUAUUGCUAGAGGUUCUGCGGAGUUUGCCGGCAAUC